CGGCGAGCGAAAGAGACCCCCGCAGAAGCCAACGCGACGCCAAAUCCAUUCCUCUUCCCUCUCCACAGGCUGAGACGAAGCCAACCGAAGCGAGCACGAACACCCUAGGCGCGCGCGCUCAGAGCCGUGGCGGAGUCGUCGGGCUCGCCGUAGGCAGCGGAUGGCGACGCCCACGCCCAUGGCCGGCGAGGGGACGCUCGCCGCGGUGAUGCCGCUGUCGCCGCCCCCGCCGGCGGCGGCGGAGGCGGCCGCGGGGUCGGCGGCCGAGGCGCCGAUGCUGAUAUUCCUCUACUUCCACAAGGCGAUCCGCGCCGAGCUCGAGGGGCUGCACGGCGCCGCCGUGCGCCUCGCCACGGAGCGCGCCGGCGACGUGGGGGCACUGGCCGAGCGCUGCCGCUUCUUCGUCAACAUCUACAAGCACCACUGCGACGCCGAGGACGCGGUUAUCUUUCCAGCACUUGAUAUUCGAGUCAAGAAUGUCGCUGGAACGUAUUCUCUAGAGCACAAAGGCGAAAAUGACCUCUUUACCCAGCUUCUUGCUUUAUUACAACUUGAUAUACAAAAUGACGAUGCUCUUCGGAGGGAACUUGCAUCCUGCACAGGAGCCAUACAAACGUGCCUCACCCAGCAUAUGUCCAAGGAAGAAGAACAGGUCUUCCCGUUGCUUACCAAGAAAUUUUCAUACGAAGAGCAGUCGGAUUUAGUGUGGCAGUUCUUAUGCAACAUUCCUGUGAAUAUGCUGGCGGAGUUCCUUCCGUGGCUCUCAACUUCUGUUUCAUCUGACGAGCAUCAGGAUAUUCGUAACUGUUUAUUUAAAAUAGUUCCUGAAGAGAAACUUCUUAAACAGGUUGUAUUCACUUGGAUCGAAGGGAAAGCAACAAGAGAAGUGGCACAGAGUGUUGUCAGUGAUAAUUUGGAAAGAAGUCAUUGUUGCAAGGAUGCUUCCUUUGUUAUUCAAGCGGAGAAACUUAUUUAUCCACUUGAACAGUCUAAAGUCGGGCAUAUAAAGCAUACAGAAUCUAAUGUUGGUCAGGCUGACAGGCACCCCAUAGAUGAGAUUUUAUAUUGGCAUAAUGCUAUCCGUAAAGAACUAAAUGAUAUAGCAGAGGAGACAAGAAGGAUGCAGCAGUCUGGAGAUUUUGCUGAUAUAUCAGCCUUCAAUGCGAGACUUCAGUUUAUUGCAGAUGUGUGCAUCUUCCACAGUAUCGCCGAGGAUCAGGUUGUAUUUCCUGCAGUCAAUAGUGAGCUGUCCUUCGUGCUGGAGCAUGCUGAAGAAGAACGUCGAUUUAACAAUUUUAGAUGCUUAAUUCAGCAAAUCCAAAUGGCAGGAGCAAAAUCAACUGCAGCAGAGUUUUACUCUGAAUUGUGUUCACAUGCUGAUCAGAUCAUGGAGGCAAUUGAGAAACACUUCUGUAACGAAGAAACCAAGGUGCUUCCCCAAGCUAGGGUUCUUUUCUCUCCUGAGAAGCAAAGGGAACUUCUAUACAGAAGUCUUUGUGUCAUGCCAUUGAAGCUAUUGGAACGUGUUCUACCAUGGUUGGUGUCAAAACUGAGCGAUGAGGAGGCAUCUUCUUUUCUUCAGAAUAUGCGCUUGGCAGCACCAUUAUGUGACACCGCAUUGGUCACUCUUUUCUCUGGUUGGGCAUGCAAGGCUCGCUCAGAGGAUAAAUCCAAUUCUGGAGAAUAUAUAUGCUUAACAUCAGGAGCAGCAAGAUGCCUGUUGGAUGAUGUAGAAGAGCUGAAAAAAUGUCAAUCAUUCUGCCCAUGUGCUUCACGUACCAGUGCAGAUGUUGCUCUUCAUCUGGAAAAUGAAAAUGGUUCUAGGCCAGGCAAGCGAGGAAAUGAUGCAGAAUCUGUUCCUGGUACUAAUGGAAGUCACUGCUCUCAAAUUACUGACACUGUAGCACGUCCAUGUAGCAAAAAACCUUGUUGUAUUCCUGGGUUGAGAGUAGACACCAGCAAUCUUGGCAUCGGUUCACUGGCUUCUGCAAAGUCCUUUCUCUCCCUGUCAUACAAUUCUUCUGCGCCCUCAUUAUAUUCAAGCCUUUUUUCAUGGGACACAGAUACAGCAUUGUCUUGUUCUGAUGGCAUUUCAAGACCAAUUGAUACCAUAUUCAAAUUUCACAAGGCGAUUCGCAAGGAUUUGGAGUACUUAGAUGUUGAAUCUGGAAAGCUCAUCGAUGGUGAUGAAUCCUGCCUUCGCCAGUUCAUUGGAAGAUUUCGUUUAUUGUGGGGUCUUUAUAGGGCGCACAGCAAUGCUGAGGAUGAAAUUGUCUUUCCUGCUUUAGAAUCACGAGAGCCAUUGCACAAUGUGAGCCAUUCAUACACUCUUGACCACAAGCAGGAAGAGCAAUUGUUUGAAGAUAUAUCUAAUGUUCUCUGUGAGCUUUCACAGCUACAUGAGAGCUUGAACCAGCCACAUACUGAAGCGAAUGAAGCAGAGAAACACUAUUUGAAUUCAUCUAAUGUGAUUGAUUCGACUAGAAAGUACAAUGAGCUUGCUACGAAGCUUCAAGGAAUGUGCAAGUCUAUCCGGGUCGCCUUGUCUAAUCAUGUCCACAGAGAAGAACUUGAGCUGUGGCCAUUGUUUGAUAAACAUUUUUCGGUCGAGGAACAGGAUAAGCUUGUAGGUCGUAUAAUUGGUACAACAGGUGCUGAGGUUCUCCAAUCAAUGCUACCCUGGGUUACAUCAGCGCUUAAUCAAGAAGAACAGAACAAGAUGCUGGAUACAUGGAAGCAAGCAACUAAGAACACAAUGUUCGGUGAGUGGCUAAAUGAGUGGUGGAAGGGAGUUCCAACACCAUCUGAUUCUUCGUCAGAGACAUCCCCCAUUCCGGAAGACAGUCAUUCACAAGACAAGCUUGACCAGAAUGACCAGAUGUUCAAGCCUGGCUGGAAGGACAUAUUUCGAAUGAACCAGAGUGAACUUGAGGCAGAGGUUCGAAAGGUUUCACGGGAUCCAACACUUGAUCCAAGGCGAAAGGCCUAUCUAAUCCAAAAUCUCAUGACCAGCCGCUGGAUAGCUGCUCAGCAAAAGCUACCGGAUCCAAGAUCAGAAGAGUGUAGUGAAGGUGCCGGUAUACCUGGAUGUUGUUCUUCUUAUCGUGACCAGGAGAAGCAAAUAUUCGGUUGUGAGCACUACAAACGGAACUGUAAGCUUGUUGCUGCUUGCUGUAACAAGCUCUUUACAUGCAGAUUCUGCCAUGAUAAAGUUAGCGACCAUACAAUGGAAAGGAAAGCAACACAGGAGAUGAUGUGCAUGCUAUGCCUGAAGGUUCAACCUGUCGGUCCGAAUUGCCAAACUCCAUCUUGCAAUGGACUAUCCAUGGCAAAGUAUUACUGUAAUAUCUGCAAAUUUUUUGAUGACGAAAGGACUGUGUACCAUUGUCCGUUUUGUAAUCUGUGUCGUCUUGGUAAAGGUCUUGGUGUUGAUUUCUUCCAUUGCAUGAAGUGCAAUUGCUGCCUUGGAAUGAAACUAACAGAACACAAAUGUCGGGAGAAGGGGCUAGAGACAAACUGUCCAAUCUGCUGUGACUUCCUAUUCACAUCAAGCGCGGCAGUUAGAGCUCUUCCUUGUGGUCACUUCAUGCAUUCAGCUUGCUUUCAGGCAUACACUUGCAGUCACUACACUUGUCCUAUCUGCUGCAAAUCCUUGGGAGAUAUGGCGGUGUACUUUGGCAUGCUUGAUGCGUUGUUGGCUGCUGAAGAGCUUCCGGAGGAAUACCGCGAUAGGUGUCAGGACAUUCUUUGUAAUGACUGUGAAAGAAAAGGGAGAUCUCAGUUUCAUUGGCUGUACCACAAAUGCGGCUCCUGUGGUUCUUACAAUACCAGAGUUAUCAAAACUGAUACGGCAGAUUGUUCUACCCCGAACUAGCGAGGGGAAUAUUCUUUCUUUUUUAGUUUUUGUCUUUUGUAAAUAUAGUCUUACAGAACCUUGUGUAGAAUAGCUACCAUAUUUUUUCAUCCCAUAGCCAGUCAUUUUUGUCAAGCAUAGCGUGCAAUUUACUAGGUCUGGUGCUAUAAUCUGUAAAAAUGGACAUGAGCCUGACCUUCAUCCUGUCAGGUGCAUCCUGCCUGCACUAAAGGCUUAGCAUCCAUGCCAAAGUAUACAGUAUACAAGUGUACCUGUACACAAAUACCGACAGUCCUGCCUUCUGUGUUCAACGGUUCCGAAAGACCAUUUUCGAGCAAGAUUCUUACGUUCAUAAUAUACACAGCUAUUUCAUGUAAAAA